AUGGAUAGCCUAUAUGGUGAUUUACCGCCCCCAGUAUCAAAUAACAGCAACAAUAUUGUGAAAAACAAUGACAAAAACAGUUCCAAUGCAGCAAAUAAGAACAACUAUAUUGAAAUAAAUAAAUUUCUCAUCACACCAGCCAUUAUCCAAAAGAAAAUUGCAAACAUAAAAAACGUGAAUAAAGAAAUGCAUAAUGACCAAAACAACGGAAAAGAUGAGGCCGCGAAAGAUCACAAGCAUAACCAUAUGAGCGCACGUGCAGAUAGCAUUGACAGUGACAUUUACGUCGAUCGUGACGUAGGACAUAUUGAAGAGAGGGCCACCUCACAGGGGGAAAAAAAUGCUAGCAGUGGGGAGAAAACAGGGGAGAAGGACAAUACACACAUUGAAAACAUAAUUAACAUAAACAAAUUAGUACAGGAUGACUUAAAAAAAAUCAGUGAUAGACUACACAAAAUUCAACGCAGUAAUAAUCGGCCUGAACAAAAUAUUUCCACAAAUCACCUGAGCGGUCAGGUAAUUGCUGCAAAAGUGGAAAAAAUUAAAAACAUCGAAGUGAACAUAAAAAAGGGAAAGUUACAAGACCACAGCAGUGGCAGUAUCAGAAACAACACAGGUAUAGGGGAACCAACAAACCCUCCUACUGAAUAUUUCCAAACCGAGCUGUACGAAAAAUACUUCAUCGCAAAUGCGAAUGAAGAUUAUGAUCCGAACAAACCAAACGAUUUGAACAAAAUUAUAAAAGAAAGAAAAAGGAAAAAAAUAAUCAUGCUAGCUGCACAGAAGAAAAAGCUAGAAGAGGAACGACAAUUGGAAGAAACAAACAAAAUGGACAGUAAAAAUGCACAUAAAGAAUAUGAUCGGAACAAAAAUUAUUAUGGGUAUGACCAACAAAAUGCUGCCAUGGCUGCAAGUAAAUUCCCAUUCGAGUCUGAUCAUAACAACAAGAGUUACACAAAUAGUGGAAUGUCGCUAUUACAGGAUGAGACAGAACGAAACAGAGGUGGCUUAUAUGACCACUACGAUGUAAGCGGAAGGAACUUCAAUGCGAGAGGAGAGUACAACCCCAGGGAGCGCAACGAAAGGGACACAACUUCUUAUGACGAUAAAGAAUAUGGAAAAGAUAAAAAAGCGAAUGAGAUGUUUUACGAAAAUACUAAUUGGACCAAACUAUCGGAUCCAAGUAAUGAUGAUUACAAGAAGAAAAACAAAGAAGUAGCAAAUGACAAAAGUGAAGAGGUAGCCGCUCCAGUCAAAAAAGAUUUUGCCACAAGGAUGAUGGAAAAAAUGGGAUGGAAGAAGGGAGAAGGGUUGGGAAAAGACAAGCAAGGUAUUACGGCACCCCUAAUUCUGCAGAAGGUCGACAAGAGAAGUGGUGUAAUUGUGCAAGCACCUGAUAUUUUAAAGAAACAGAAAUCCGGUGAUGGUCAGGAUGACAACAAUGAUCAUGGCAAUUCCUUUUCAAAAUCGAAUUCAAACAUGGAACAUUCUAAUCAUUCUCUAAAUAAUAACACGUCUAGGAUUAUUCGCUUGUCCAAUCUCGUCACCAAAGACGAAGUCGACGACACGCUGAAGGAAGAAAUAGAAGAGGAAGCCUCGAAAUUUGGAAACCUCCUAAACAUAAAUAUUGCAAUUGAUAAAAACUUAACUGAUGCACAUGCCGUUAAAAUAUUCUGUGAGUACGAAUCGAAUGAUCAGGCGCAGAAUGCUUUGAACACAUUCAAGGGCAGAACCUUCGCCGGCAGGAAAGUCGAGGCCAUCUUUGCCACCCAGGAGGAAUACAACUCCUACGGGAAAGACGCCUAA